GACUACAGACAGACAGACCAGUUCUGAUACUCUGACAUUUGAACUCGGGAACUAGGUUUAACUGAGACAGAGAGGCACAAUGGCUGAAGAUGGAUGGAUUCUAAUGUCCUUCUGUCUAAUGCUAAUGAUUCCAACUGCAGAUUUCUGUUACGCUGUCCCAACAACUGAAAUAUACAUUUUAAAGAGACUUGGAGAAGAUGCUACUCUGCCUUGUCUAAACAUGAAUGCCAUUCAGGAAAACUGUAGCAGUAUUAAGUGGAUGUCCUUUGGUAGGCAAGUAUUAGAGAUCUCGCCCGAGGCAACAGGUGAAAAAGGCCAAAAGUAUUCAGACAGACUGAGUAUAACAGCCAACUGUUCUCUGGUUGUAAAGAAGGUCACAGUUGAGGAUGCUGGUCAUUAUUACUGUCAGCAAUACAAAUCAGAAAAUCAAGGUCCUGUGGUUCAGACUGUGGUUGACCUGUCUGUUGUUAACAUUACUGAGCAGAAGUAUCCUGAUGGGACUGUAUCAGGGAUGGAAUGCUCUGUGGUGACAAAUGGAAUGGGGUGCCAUUACUCACUGACGUGGGAGAGGGAUCGUAAUGUGAAUCAACUAUUAGUGGGAGUGGAUUGCUAUGCUUCUGUUCAUUUUAUGGACUCUGCUUACUCAUCAAAGAAUAACACAAUGAAGUGCAAAGCAGUGAAUCGUGUCACAGGAGAAGAGCAUCUGUUUACCUUCAGUCCCCAGCCUUCAGAAGACACAAAAACAGAACCAACUAAAUCAGCAAGUUCAACUGAAGGCACCACAGAACCAAUUAAAUUGUCAACAGCAGUCACUGAUGCUUCAGACGAUAAAACAGGUGAGACAAAAUCAACAACAAAGAAACCAACCAGAAACACAGAAAACAGCACAGAAUCAUUCAGAGCCAUAUCAAACCCAAUAACACAUGCGGAUGUGAAAGGUUCGGGGAGGUUCAUUAUUGUCUCUGUGGUCUCUGCAGCUCUUCUAAUAACUGUUGUGACACUUGUGAUAUGGAUUAGAACUAAAGGGAAGAAACGUCAGAUGGAGUAUGUAAUCCACCAAAAUGAAAAUGAAGAUGAUGCAGCAAUGAACUAUGAAAAUCCCAGAGACUCUUUUUCUGUCAGACUCUACUGACAAGGAACAUCGACUCACUAGACAAAAGUCAUAUUAGUUGUGUUAUUAGUAUAAUGUUAUGGGGAUAUUUUCUAUCUAUAAAACGAAUCAUAAAUACCA